CGAUUCCAUAUUAAUUCCAUCGACACAGUUUCUCCUUAUCUCCUGGUCAGCUUGAGGUACGCACAUACUGCGACCGGAUCGAACGUGUUCCGUAAUAAAUACGACCAGUGUCAGCGGGACAUUUUAUCUUGAAACAGCUGCAAUUCCGAGAUGCACUUGGCUGGAAACAAUCGAAUUAAUCUGAUUCGUGGUAGCAGAUUCCGUGAGAAUUAUCCGGUCAUUGUCUGCCUCCAUCGUCAAAGUAUAAUUCGCACGUUCAACGUGAGAUACGGAUCGGCGUGCGCUCGUCGAAAUUCAAAUUUAUGUAUCGAGUUUGACGAACGACGGACUCGAUUGAAUUUUCAUUUGACGCAUCGCUAUCUCGCGCACGAUCGAUAUCGAUCGGCCCGUCGCUUCUCGACGGUCGUCGAAAUCGUCCGGAGAAAGCCAUCGUCCGCCUUUACGUAGAAUCGCGUUCUAAUGAACUCUCGUACGCGCGCCGCGCGCCGCGCGCCGCAUCGGUCGAACGCGUGACGUGAAACGAACAGUACGAAUUACCCGAGUGAAAAAUUGCAUCGGCUGCGAAUCUGCAGGUUUAGGAAAUGCGAAUAGUGAAGGGGCUCGUGCGAGUUUCGAACGCGAGUGAAAAAUGUACGGUCGGAUCGCGUCGAAAAUUAAUUGGAUCGCCUACAGGCCUGAGCGGCCAGGCGCUCUUCGUUGUACGUCGAGAGUUGGCAACGCGGGCGCGCGGGACAUUCAGGAAUUUAGCGUAAAUCGCGGAAUUUAGGCCGAGCGAGACAACAUCGAGCGAGACGACAGAAAGAGAGAACGUCGAUCAUCUCUUCGUUUCCGGGUCGAACGCAUCGACGACGACGACGACGACGUGCACCGAUCGUUUCACGGAAUUGUUCGUUCGAAUUUUAAUUCAAGUUUCUGCAGCAAAUUACAAUACGCUGAUAAAAAAUACCGUCGUUCAACGAAGGCGAAGCUAAUGACCCGUGACCAGAGCAGCAAAAAAUCGACGCGAGGGGCCUUCGCCUUGUCUCGUUACGAAGGUGCAAUUAGAAAUUGAUGAGAUGACCGUCACUCGAGGCUAAAGAUAAUUAAAAACUCGAUGGUCCAAAUCGAAUUUAUUCGACCUCAGCAAACAGAGAUCGUUUCCCCACACAUAUUCAUUGUCGCAAAUCGCGAGAUACAUAUUAAUAGAAAUACCCGUCGGUGUAAACGAGUGUUUUGCAUCUAGAAUAUUUAAAAUAAUUCCACCCGGUUCGCGACAAACCGUCACUCUUCAACCGUUGACUCGGACAACACGCGGGCGUCUCUCGCGAUUCCCAGUAUUCUGAUUCGUCGAGUGUUCGCGGUUCGUCAACGACGACGACUCGAUGUUCAGAAUGUUCCGCGUUUCUCAGUUCUCUCGUCGACGAUUCGAUCCGAUAGAAAUGUAAUCUCUUACGAGUCCGGCCGUCGGAUGGAAAAAUUUGAUCGUGCGGUAAGCAACAGGGGGUCGCCGACACAAAUUCCUUUUCGAACCGGUGUAACAGCGAUAAUAAUUUCGUGAAAGUGUUAAAUAAUUCAUUCCGUCGUUACUCGUACCGAUGCCGAAUCGGCUUUCUAAACGGUCAAACAGUUUCCUAACCAGUUUUGAACGAUGAGUAAACUCGAUUCGAUAACGCGCAUCGUUCGACAAACUCGGCGAUAUGACCUUCUCUCUCUCUCGAGUCAGCCAAUUAAAUUAUUUAAAUAUUUAGUAAGCCGCGUCCAGACGUAGAAAUGAAUUCGACGCGUGGUUGACAUUUUCUAUAGAUACGCAACCCGUAAUCUAAUUCGAACGCAUUAAAAAUGUAUUAACGAACGUUAUCAACGCUUUUUUCCGAUCGUUUCGUAAAGAGAAAUCGAAUCGAGCAAAAUAUUCCUGAUUGAUUAUGUUCAAAUGUCUGGUCGCGUCUAAUCAUCGUUCAACGACCAUUGAUUUACUCAGCUCGCUGGCUAGACCGUUUGCGUCGUUACCCUACGUGCGUUGCUGCUGAAUGCGAUCGAUCGAUCGAUCGGACGGAACUCCUCGAUCGCGAGCUGGCCACCGAUUAGCAACGUUAACGGUAUUUAAUUACCGUUUACGAUGUUGACACAAUUCUUCGAGCAUCGAAUCGUUUCGUAUGAAUGACGUCCCCCUACCGCCCCCCCCCCCUCAUCCCUUUCUCUACGCAUCGGUGAGGUUCCUUAUCCUCUUCUGACGCGUAAAUAGGAACGAUUGAGAUUGAAGUUUGGUCGUUAGAAAUCGUGUGUUCGCGAAUUAAUGCUGCUGACUCUGAUUCGUUUUUCAUUAACGGAGACACGAAUCAGCGGAUUCAAGUAGCUCGUCGCGUAAUCGGUCCUGCGACGAGCGGGCCACUUUUUCAGCCGUAGCUCUCGCUACUCGAUUCGACUUGUUCACCACUGAAUAAUUAUACAAUGUAUAUCACUGGUCUUUGGUAUAAUAUCUAUAAGCGAACAGAAACCAUGUAAAGUCUCGACUCCAUUACAUCCGAAUCAUUUAUAUGACAAUUAAACAGUUUCGUGUGUUACUCGCGACGAAGAUGACUCACUUACACGUUAUAAAUAAAAAUCGAAUCGCAUGCGUACAACACGUUCGAAAGUGUUACCAACGAAGUAUUAAAUUCUCGAUUUCCGCAAGACGAGUUACGAAACACAGCCGGCGAAAUUUUAUGCAACGUAGUAUUCAGUAUUUUAUUCCUCUUUCCUUGCCUCUACUCGAGAAACCGCGGCAGCUCUCGUACACGUUAUCAAUUGCGCAGACAACCAUUGUCUCAUAGUGAGAGUAAUUUAAAUUGGUCGCGGUGACGUUCCGCAGUUAACACGUAUAUGUUCGAUCGGCAAAAACGAAACGUUUUACAACGAAGCGUUUUCUUGACCAACUCCCUUGCACGUUUCCACGUACGUUUCGCUGUCGAAAGAAAAUCAAAUGAAAAAGAGUAAAAAUAAGGGAACGAAGGAAAAAGGUGAGGGAAUAGAGAUCCUUGAAUCUGAAACCUAUUAUGAAAUCGCCUGGUAAAAGUCUUUAAUCGAUCGGAAAGCGAGGAGAAAUCGAGAGAAAAAUGUUACGAUUGUUAAUCGUGGCGUUGAAGUAAUCGAACAGUUUGAUUGUCGAGGGUCGCGACCCAGUCCGAAGAAUGGAUCCCGCCUGAACGCUGUUCGUGGACUCUCGUGAAACUGAAACCUGGACCGCUGCGAACAUGGCCAAGUACAACGUUCAAGACUGCGACGUCGAGACGGGGAAGCAGGUCCGUUUGACCGGAUACACAAACGCUGCAUUCGAAGACCCGAGCAACGACAACGAUCCUGAUCAGGCUGGAUCCGAACUGGAGAACAGGCUGAACAGCGUUCACGUUUCAUCGCGAGACGGCAAGACGAUCCGCAAUGACGUUCCACAAAAUCCUGAGAGAGAUCUGUUGUACGUCCUGGGAAGAAAAUGGCUCUACGAACGAGUAAAGAGGUGUUGCAAGAAGAAGAUGCUGUACAAACGAGUACCGAUAACAGAUUGGCUGCCGAAGUAUCGCAAGGAUUACGUAGUGAGCGAUCUCGUUGCCGGUAUUACCGUAGGCCUUACCGUUAUACCGCAGGCGAUUGCUUACGCGAACGUCGCUGGGCUACCAUUGCAGUAUGGCCUGUAUUCUUCGUUCAUGGCAUGCUUCGUGUAUACCAUACUGGGAUCGUGUAAGGACGUGCCAGUGGGACCGACUGCGAUUAUCGCGAUCCUCACCAGGGAAACGUUACAGAAAGCCGAUCUAGGUCCGGACUUCGCGGUCCUUCUCACCUUAAUCUCCGGAUGCGCAUGCUUACUAAUGGGAAUCUUACAUUUAGGUUUUUUAUUGGACUUUAUAUCGGGACCAGUCUCGGUCGGUUUCACGUCGGCCGCGGCGAUAAUCAUCGCCACCAGCCAAAUAAAAGACAUCCUAGGUAUCAGUAUCGAUGGUAGCAAGUUCGUCGACGUGUGGCACAACAUAUUUGAAAACAUCGGCGAAACGAAGCUCUGGGACACCGCCCUCGGUAUCGCUUGCAUAGUCGUCCUUCUUCUUCUCAGAAGAGCCGAGAAGGUUUCGUCGAGGGCCCAAGUGAUUCUACGAAAGUCCCUUUGGCUGUUGUCCACUGCGCGUAACAUACUCGUGGUCCUCGCUUCCGGGAUAAUGUGCUACCUUCUCGAGAGCCGUUUAGGUUCCGCGCCCGUGCGAUUGACCGGCCACGUGAAACAAGGGCUUCCGGAAUUUCGGCUCCCACCGUUCCAGACCGUCCACAAAAACGAGACGUACAAUUUCAUCGACAUGGUCUCCGCCCUCGGCUCUGGAUGUUUGGUCGUUCCUCUGUUGAGCCUCCUGGAGACCAUCUCCAUCGCCAAAGUAUUCAACGAAGGGAAGCCGAUCGACGCGACUCAGGAGAUGUUGGCGUUGGGUGCCUGCAACGUCGUUUCCGCGUUCGUCUCGUCGAUGCCGGUCAGCGGUGGCCUCAGCCGCGGUGCCGUCAACCAUUCGUCCGGAGUGAGAACGACUCUCGGCGGUGUCUACACUGGCGUUCUCGUGCUCGUCUCGCUGCAGUUCCUCACCCCGUACCUCUACUUCAUCCCGAAUGCUGCGCUCGCGGCCAUCAUCAUCGCCGCGGUCAUCUUCAUGGUGGAACUGCACGUGAUCAAGCCGAUUUGGCGAACGAAAAAGAUCGAUCUCAUACCGGCGGUAGCCACCUUCCUGUGUUGCCUGUUCGUAAGACUCGAACUAGGCAUAGUGAUCGGUAUCGGUGUAAACGUCCUGUUCUUACUUUACGCUUCCGCGAGGCCGUCGCUGCGAGUGCACAAGGCCACGAGCGUCAGCGGCUGUGAAUAUCUCGUGAUAACGCCCGACAGGAGUCUCGUUUUCCCGGGGGUCGAGUACGUCCGCGCCGUGAUCAGCAAGCAAGGCACGAAACAGGGAACCGCGGUACCCGUUGUGAUAGAUUCCACGCAUAUACAAGCCGCGGACUUCACGGCCGCGAAGGGGAUCAAGAGUCUGACGGAGGACUUCACGAGGCGUGGACAGCCUUUGAUCUUUCAUAAUCUGAAGCCGAGCAUCAUCGAGAUCUUCAAGGGUGUGAAACCGUCCGGUUUGAGGUGUAGCUCGAACGAAGUCGAGCUGAACGAUUGCCUGAAAGAGUUGUCAAACGUGUCGACGGCUACUGUGAACAGGUGUUGACGAUGAUCAGACGUUCGACAUGAAAACGCCGUCCGCGAGGGAAGAACGCUCGCUGUCGUUUUAUUUCAUAUAUCUAUCAGUAUUCCACUGACACGAACAGGGGGCAAUGAUAUCAGGUGUAUCAGGCAAGUAAUAUCGCAGUGAAAGAACUGUUUAUUUCGAUAGCCGUCCCGAGGUAACAUGAUCGACCCUACGGGCACAGUGACGAUCGUACGAUGUCUCACGUACAGAAUUGUACGGUGUUCAGGCAGCACCGCGUGAAAUCGAUGGUAAAAAUCGUAUGGAGCCAAUCGUGCCGAAAGGGUCUGUUAAAGUAUAAGUAGUAUCGUAAGGAAUGUAUAUAUACAUAGUAUAACGAUGUGAAUUUGUAUAAACUGGCAAUGACAUAUUCUGUAUAAACUUUUAGACUCGCACGGUGUUGUACGUGUUUAAGAGUUAAUUCGUGUGCUUAACGGUCGUUUCUUCUCCAAAAAAACAAGUCAGUAUUAAAAGAGAUACUUUUAACCAGUCUGUCAAGUUAGAAUUGCACAUCGUGACCGUUGCGGCUUAAUUGACGUCCAAGACUCGGCAACCCAUCGCGGGACUUGCUAUAUAGAAAACUGCGUUUCCAGUAUACCUGCAGCGUAAGAAAUCUUGUAAAUGCUCAUUGUCAAAGCGUUGUACAGCGACGAAAGAUAUUUAAGAAAGAUAACGGGAUCUGACUUGG